AUGUCCCGCCCACUGCGGCUCCUGCUCUCUUUAACGACGAGCCUGCUUGCCGUCACCCUGCUCCUCUACCUGACCCUGGGCGCGCAGCAGGACCAGAAGCUCGAGGGCGCCUCACACGUCCCAAAGCAGUCCAGCGUCAACGCCCUCUUCUCCUUCACCUCGCCCGGCUCACUCUUCCCUCCGUCCGCCAUCAUCAGCCUGACCGACGAUAACUCGACCUUUUUCCUCGCCCGCCCUGCUGCGUUUGGGCCACUGCUGCCCAGCGACGGCCUGAGCGGCCCGCUGUGGAUUGGCAGUGGCUUUGGCGACGACGCCCUGAGCAGAGGUGAGCUGGGCUGCAGCGACGUACCUGGAUGGGACAGUGGUAGCGACGCACUCGCACGUGCUCGGAAGCCGGCUGCUAUUGCCAGGACCAGAAGGACUGGGCCUCUGGCCGAGAAGAAAGACCAGCCAAGGGCGUCCGCCUCAGAAGACCAGGCAGACGCGCCCCCCAAAGACGACGGCACCGACGACCACCUGCACCCAACAUUCGACCAGAGCACGCGACACCCCUCCGAGCAUGCCGACAUACAAUCACUCCAAGAGAGCGCGGAGAUCGCCGGCAAAGUGGUACUGCUCAAGCGAGGAGGCUGCGGCUUCCUGGCCAAGGUGGAGUGGGCACAGCGUCGCGGAGGCGUAGCUGUCAUUGUAGGCGACGACGUGCGCGGUGGCGCUCUGAUACGCAUGUAUGCGAGAGGCGACACAUCCAACGUCACCAUCCCAUCGCUCUUCACCUCGCACACAACUGCGCACCUGCUGUCGUCUCUCCUGCCGUCUGGAAGGAUCUUGUCAUCCAACGUCGCACCGUCUGACAGCGAAGCGAGCCCGCAGGAGAACAAGCCCACCGCGACUGACCUCGUGUCGCCGUCAUCCUUCACCCCUUCUACCAGCAGACAGGACGGCCCUCUCGGAUCUACCAAAGGAUACACUACUGGCAAGGCCUGGCUGCAUUCGCUUUUGUCUGCCAUUGGCCUUGGCAGCGGACAAGAGCAACCGACAGACAACUUCAAGAUCGGUGAGGAUGAUUGGCGCGACCCCAAGUUCCGCAAUCUGCAUACAACGACUCUUCCUGCGCUGCUGACGUCCACUCCCACCCUAACUGCUUCUUUGGUGAGCAGCAGUGGUCACAAAGUCGAGACCAAGUACACAGUGCCAAGUAGCGAAUCGAGAGCGCAUUGGCGCGGCUGGCCUGCAUCCAAUCGAAGGAGUUUUGCCUCCAUCUCCAGCGCUAAUAGUCAAGAACUCGAUACUCUUUCGGGCGAUGCGCGACCACACGAAGGUCUAUGGGUGACACUUACACCCACUAACGUGUCGUCCAGUCCUUUCUUCGACACGCUACUCGUACUCGUCGUCAGUCCUCUCGUAACACUUUCUGUCGUCUACGCUCUUCUGCUCCUCCGGUCUCGCAUAAGACGCCGACGUUGGAGGGCUCCCAAGUCCGUUGUUGAACGCCUUCCCGUCCGAACCUACCAAACUAUAAGUGACUCGCCCUCGUCACCGUCCGCUACAUCUGAAGCAGCAACCCCCACCACCCCUCUUCUGCAGCGGCCUUCUACUCAGCCAACAUCAUCAACCGCUCGUCCAAUAUCGCGAGACGAGCCGGAGGCACCGGCUACAUCUUCCUCUGCUCAACACACAGCCCGUGACCGAGAAGAAGAGAAGCGAGAAUCGGGUCUAGCCGAAUGGAGACGCCGGUAUGGCGGCCGGCAGAAAGAAUGUGUUGUCUGUCUUGAAGAGUAUGUGGAUGGCGUCAGUCAGGUCAUGAGCCUUCCAUGUGGCCAUGAGUUUCAUGUGGAUUGCAUUACACCGUGGCUCGUGACACGUAGACGAACGUGCCCCAUCUGCAAAGGAGAUGUGGUACGAUCGCUAUCGCAAGCCUACUUGGAUCACACGAGCCCCUCGUCACCAACACCUUGGCUAGCUGACGAUGGACACGUGGUGGAUGCGCUGCAGAUCCAAGCUGCCGAGACUCGCAACGACUCCCCCUCCGCCUCGCAACCCUUGGCCAUCUCUUCGUCAGCACCCAGUAGCUAUCACAUAGAGUCCGAUGACGACGUUGAAGCAAACUGGUCCAGUGGAGAGCGCCAGCCAAAUGCGAGAGAAAUACCUGGAAGCAGAGCGACCGAGGUGAGUACCUCGGUACGCGACCUCAGCUCUACUGUCUCGACAGUCAUCUGGCGAGGCUUUGAUGCGGUCAGGAGCAGCACUGGCCUUCAGCGACGCCCUCCACCAGAAGAUGUUGACAGGGAUCGAUGA